GUCCAUUCUGCUCUUCUCGCUCAGAUGAACUGAACCUGCCCAAACCUGGCGUUCCACGGUUGACCCUCGUACGACACGCCCGUGAACUCUGGACGACACGACAGUAGGUUCCACUGUGUUCCGUACCUUUGUGUGUCGGAACGAGAAAGAGAGAGAGAGACCCAUUUCAUCAUCGUCAAUUUCCACCACCCUCUCUUCUUCUCCAUUCGUGGGUGGGUGAGAGAGAGAGAUAAAGGGUAUCGGGACGAGAAGAGAGAGACCCAUUUCGUUUUCAAUUUCAUCCUUCAUCUUCUCCAUUGGUGGGUGGGUGAGAGAGACAGAGACAGAGAGUGAGAGAGAUGACUUUGGGGCUGAUCAAUGCGAACCCGGUGGUUCACGCCAAGAAGGAGAGGGUCGCUCGGACGGAAGACCCCCACGCCGACGACGCCGUCGAUCCCCUCGAGAUUUAUGAUCAUGUGAGGGACAUCCGAGAUCCCGAGCAUCCCUAUUCUCUGGAGCAGCUCAGUGUUCUGUCGGAGGAAUCCAUCACCGUCGAUGAGAAACUUGGGCGUAUCCUGAUCAUGUUUACUCCGACAAUCCAGCAUUGCAGUAUGGUGACUGUCAUUGGACUGUGCUUGAGAGAGAAGCUCAAAGAUUGUUUCCCUCCACAUUUCAAGGUUGACAUCAAAGUCGCCCCAGGGUCUCAUGCAGAUGAAGAAUCAGUGAAUAAGCAGUUGAACGACAAGGAAAGAGUUGCUGCUGCCCUGGAGAACCCUAACCUUCGCCAACUCGUGGACGAAUGCCUCUACUCCAGCGAACUUUAACCGAGCAUCCCAUGCUCGCCCUAGAGCCCUAGUGUAUAUAGAGAAAUCAGUGGUGAGCACUUGAAAUAACAGUGAAUCGAACUCUUUUGUUGUACAAUCUGCUUGUUCUGCUAAUCCUAGUGUAUGAAACCUGAGGAAGAGCAUCCUCUAUUAGGAAUACAGAGUGUAGUAUGUACUUCUAAGUCUCUACAUAUUGUGUUCCCUCCAUAAA